AUGUUUCUUGUAGCGCCGGUCGACAACAAUCGCUGGGCUUACACGAUGCAUGGAUUGGAAAAACCUAUGGAUCACGUGUCCGCCGGCGGUCUAAUGGCGGGUUCCGUGGCUACUCUAGCGGUUCUCUGGAUCUCCCUGCAGACCAUGGGGUUUCUUGGGAAUUCGCACUCGAUCGGAGCCUACAAGUUGCCGUUGUCCUUACAGAACUACCUUGCCAGUUACACAGGUUUGCCGAUGUCGAACUAUCCCUAUGAGGUCGUCGUAGACACGGGUCAUUUCCAAAAUCGGCGUUUCCCUCACAUUGACGAGACGAUCUUGAACAACUCAAUCAGUUUCGCGCAAAGCUUGGUCGAUCGUAUGAGCACCCUCGAAAGGAAUAUCGUGAACGCUGGCAUUGAAUUGCAGGCUCACACACCGGCUGGAAAGCAAUUCCUUGAUUCUUAUCCUUCCGAGGAUGCUUUUGAGAGAGGCCUUGGUGCCAUUGUGGCGAUGAAAGCCUCGUCCUAUCUCCUCCACCAGAGCUGUCGCAGAUUCGGUCUCCAGAAGGACGAUUGUGCGCGUUUCAUAUCAACGCUGUCGCUCCAGGGCACACCGUUGGGAUCUGCUUGCUCGACAUCCCAGGUCACGAUCUGCAACGCCAGGGCGAAGUAUCGUAGCAUCGACGGCAGUUGCAAUAACGUCGAUAACCCAACCUGGGGUAGUGCGAUGACCGCGUACACCAGAAUUCUCUUCCCCCAGUAUUUUGAUGGAAUUCAAGAGCUGAGGCAUAUGGGACAAACGAAAAAGCCGCUACCAGGUGCUAGGAGUGUAAGCGUGGCUCUGUCGUCUGCUAAUGAUUUCCCGGAUACCAGGAGAACGUUGUCGGUAAUGCAAUGGGGCCAGUUCAUUGCGAACGAUAUCUCUCAUACACCAGUAAGGAAAAUGAUGUCAACGGGAAAGCCAAUUUCGUGCUGUCGAUCAGACGGAAACACUUUGUCUCCUCGACACAUUCACCCUGACUGUGCUGUAAUUACGGUACCUGACCAGGAUCCCGUUUAUGGCAAGCACUAUGUCCGAUGCAUGAACUACGUGCGAUCGUUACCUGUCCUCAGACCAGAGUGUACAUUUGGACCCGUGGAACAGAUGAACCAGGCUAGCCACUUUUUGGACGGUUCGAUGAUCUACAGUUCUACUUUGAAGAAAUCUCGCGAGCUCCGUACAUUUGAAGGAGGUCGUUUACGAGUUCAUAAGAAGAACAGUCACGAGUACUUAUCUGUUGGGAGCUUUGAAAUUUGGUCUGAAUGCACAAGAAGCUGUUACAAUUCUGGCGAUCAUCGCGUAAAUGCCAACCCGCAACUGGCUGCAAUACAUACCGUUUGGCACCGGGAGCACAACAGAAUCGCUGACAAACUUGGUGAAUUGAAUCCCAACUGGUCGGACGAGACACUGUACCAGGAAGCUAGGCGUAUAGUAAUUGCUGAAAUUCAGCAUAUCACUUACAAAGAGUGGAUGCCCAUAUUACUGGGCAAAAGAUACACUCGAGCUGUCGGCCUCACCGUUGGAGAUAGUUACAGUCGUAACUACGAUGCUGCGGAUGAUCCAGCAGUCAGUAACGAGGUCGCAACAGCAGCUCUGCGUUUCUUGACUUCCUUGAUGCAAGGAAAGUUAAGCUUGACAGGCAACUCACGUCAAAUAAACAACACGCUCUCAUUAGUGGAGUAUUUCUUCAAUCCGACUGUCAUCGAGUCGGACGAAAUUUUCGACGGAUUACUUCGGGGUAUGGCUACUCAGACAAGCCAGAAAAUGGACAUGAACAUAAUUUCAGAGAUAACAAGCAAAUUAUAUGCAACAAGUCGAGACAGCCUAGGUUUGGACAUAAUUAGUUUGGAUAUUCAGCGUGGUCGUGACCACGGUUUACCUGGCUACAAUGAGUACCGUAAAUACUGUGGCCUUCCAGCUGCGCAGAAUUUCGACGACUUUUUAGAUCACAUUCCAUUGGAGAUGCUGAAGAAAUUACGCACAAUUUACGCUCAUCCUGACGACGUUGAUCUUAUUAUUGGUGGCAUGCUUGAAAGACCAGUAGAGGAUAGUUUAUUGGGUCCUACGUUCAGCUGCUUGAUCUCUGAACAGUUUGCAAGAACUCGCCGCACUGAUAGAUACUUUUAUGAUUCUGCUUAUCAACCGUACCCAUUCACUCCUGAACAAUUGGCCGAAAUCCGGAAUGUGACAUUGGCAAGACUAUUCUGUGACAAUGGCAACGACAUUACACACAUGCAGCCAAAUGUUUUCCUUAAACCACAAGCAGGGAAUGAGUUGAGAUCUUGCACAGACUUCGAGGCCAUCCCGAGCGUAGAUCUGUUCGCCUGGGCGGAGAGGGCCAAGGCGUAUCGUUGAACUUCCCCCUAUAAUUGGCUGGUCACAUUGCCGCCAUCGAUUUGCCCGAGUCGCAGGAACGGCCGUGACACGGGGGCCGCGCUACUUACGACGAUCGAACACCGGAUAGAUCGGAGAACGGUGACGAUCGACUAGAAGACUCUUCGGGGUCUUAGGCGUGUCGUUUUGUGUGAACAGAGACAGCGAAUCCAGGCACUAAUUGGAGCCGCGUGUGUACACGGAACGGGCACGAUGAAUGGGGAAUUCAAUGGAAAAUGGCGUGCACUGGACGCAGUUCAGAGAAUAAAAAAAAAAUAAAAAAAU